UAAAAAUUGAGAUCUUUUCGGAUCUCUAUUUGGGUCUUACCAAAACAAGCAAGGAUGAGGUUUUCUUUUGCAGACCUUUAGAUUUAUAGUAACUAUAAUUACACAUAUACAAAGUGGGGUUCCAAAGAGAGAUGGGCAAAUAGAUGAAUAAGGAAAGGCGGGUGCGUAUGUGUUUCGCCUAGUUGCUAUGCAGAAAAGACUGGUAAACAGAAUCAACGGCAAAACACAUACCACUUCUGGGGCUUCUCAGUUUUGCGUUCUUUUUUAAGGUUUUGGUUUUUUUGUUUUUUGAGUUUUUGUUUCUGAUCUCACAGUCUUUGGAUUUUCUUAGCUCUUUCUUUUUUUGGUCUCUUCUUUCUCCGAGCUUACUGGAUUUGUUUUUGCCUAUUAGCUAUUAAUUAAUCCAAGUUGAAGAAGAUCUGUUGGUUUCUAACUUCUGUAAUCUAUUCCUCUGUCUGCUUGAUUGCGUUAACAAACCUAAGGGCUGUAGAAAUGGUGAGAGGAAAGACUCAGAUGAGGCGCAUAGAGAAUGCCACAAGCAGACAAGUGACCUUCUCCAAGCGGAGAAAUGGGCUGCUAAAGAAAGCGUUUGAGCUAUCAGUUCUUUGCGACGCCGAGGUUGCACUCAUAAUUUUCUCUCCCAGGAGCAAGCUCUAUGAAUUUGCAAGUUCCAGCAUGCAAGAGACAAUAGAUCGCUACCGGAGGCACACAAAAGACGCUGAACCCAUCAACAAAUCGGUUGAACAAAACAUGCAGCAUCUGAGGCAUGAAUCGGCAAACAUGAUGAAGAAGAUUGAGCUUCUUGAAGUUUCAAAACGAAAACUCCUUGGAGAAAGUUUGGGAGCAUGCUCCCUUGACGAACUACAACAGAUAGAACAACAGUUGGAGAGCAGCGUAAUCAAAAUUAGAGCAAGAAAGACUCAGGUCUUCAAGGAACAAAUCGACAAACUAAAAGACAAGGAGAAAGCCCUAGUAGCUGAAAACGCAAGGCUAUGUGAGAAGUGUGGUAUUCAAUUACAGCAAGGAGCAAACGAGCACAGAGAAAUUUCACCUUAUGAAGAAAGUAAUCCAAGCUCAGAUGUGGAGACUGAAUUGUUCAUUGGACCUCCGGAAAGGAGAACAAAGCGUUUACCCCCACCAAAUUGAUGGUCUUAACUAUGCACCAAGUCCAUCUUUGCAAAUAUAAUCGCCAUUACUAGUCACUCUUUCCAAUAAUCUGAACCAAAUCGUUGCACGACUAAAAUAUUAUUGCAGUAGUACUUCCUCAUCAGGCAUGCAAUUGUACCACCUGACAGGUGAUUGUAAGAACUUGAUACUUUGUUUGCUGAAAGUAAAAGCUGUGAUUUUUGAUA